CAGCACCUUCCGCAAGGCAAAGCACAGUGUCAGUGCUCCUUCUACUUAAGUGAGCUUAACUAACAGCUCGAUCGCCGCCGAGCGCUACUGAGCUCUCACCAAGUCAGCAGCUGCUGCUGCCAGCCUUGAGAAGCUUAGCUAGACGACGACCGCCGGGCGGCCGGACAGCACACAGCAGGAUGAAGCCUCCGUCUUCUCCUCGAGCUCCGUCGUCGGCGUCGUCGCCACGCACCUCGCUCUUCCUCCUCCCUGGUAUCCUCCUGGCUGCGGUCAUCUACCUUGUCCUCUUCCCCGACAACUUCAGGCUCCCGGCUGGGAUGUUCAUCGGGUCGUCCUCAUGCAACAACGACGACUACAGCGGCUCGCCGUCGUCGGUGUUCGGCCGUCUCGCCGCCGGAGGCUCUCCAGCGGAGGAGGAGGAGGUGGACCUGCGGCUGCUGAUGGGCAUCGUGACCAUCCCAAGCACGUACGAGCGGCGCGCGCUCCUGCGCCUGGCCUACUCCCUGCAGCCGCGCCCCGUGCGCGCGGUGGUGGACGUGCGCUUCGUCAUGUGCCGCAUCGAGCGCGAGGAGGACCGCAUCCUGGUGGCGCUGGAGAUCAUCGCGCACGGCGACGUGGUGGUGCUCAACUGCACGGAGAACAUGAACGACGGCAAGACGUACGCCUACUUCUCGGCCGUGCCGGAGCUGUUCGGGCGGUACGACUACGUGGGCAAGACCGACGACGACACCUACUACCGGGUGGCGGCGCUGGCGGAGUCGCUGCGCGGGAAGGCGCGGCGGGACGCGUACCAGGGCUUCCUGACGCCCUGCCACUGGCUGCCCGAGAAGCAGUACAUGUCCGGGAUGGGGUACGUCGUGUCGUGGGACGUGGUGGAGUGGAUCGCCGCCACGCCGGAGCUCCGGGACGACCACCACGACUGGGAGGACGUCGACUUCGGCGGGUGGCUGCGCAAGGGCGGCAGGUACAAGAACGUGUACAACGAGGAGCCCAGGAUGUACGACUACUGGGACAGGGAGAUGGCCACGGACAUCAACUGCUUCCGGCACGAGCACAUCGCCGACGCCGUGGCCGUGCACAAGCUCAAGGACCGCCUCAAGUGGGCGCGCACGCUCCACUUCUUCAACGCCACCCAGGGGCUCAAGCCAUCCAAGCUAUAUCAUCUUGACUUGCAAAACGUCUACCACGUCGUCUAAUUAACCGUGUAGAGAUCCAUCUACCAUACAUGUUGCCAUGCAUACCCUGUACGUUUUAGAUUUUUAUUAUUAGGCAAUAGCUACAGCUUUCGUUGCUGUACACCUGUACUGCCUUGAAUUGGAAGGUAAAUCCCAGCAUACCUGCUGUCAUGCAUCCUAAUGCGCAA